UUUUUUUUCUUUUGUUGGCAUUGACAUUUUCCAUCCUCGGAGUAUUCCAUACAGAUGACAACUUCCCUUUGCCAGCUUUGACGGUACGAUGUCCUGUAAUUGAAGCCCUUAGGUAGUGGGUGGGGGUUCCGCACGCGCCCCACUGUGCACGCUGCCUCGGCUCCGAGCGCAUCAACGCGCCCGACAAGCCGCGCGUGGCUGAAGGCUGUUGUCAAGUUGCAGCUCGAGGACAGAGCAGGGGUCGGCACAUGGGGAAUCACACCACACAGUGACGACGAAUCAUUGAAUCCGCCGGGAAACGCCACGGACCGAAUCUCCAGGACCGCAAUCUCCCGACUUUGGUCGAACCUCGUCUCUUCCCCCGCCGACAAGAGAACAAACCCAAAAGUAACAACAACAACAACAACCGUACAUCAACAACGAGGUUGCGAAACCGGCCCCUGGCGAUGCCUCCCGCAUCCCCCCUCCCCCGGAGCGCCAUGCGCCGUCUGCUCAAGGAGCUCGAGACGUGGAACAAGACCGAAUCGGCCGACGAGCAGGGCAUUGAGCGUCUCGGCCCCGUCGCCGACGAAGAGCUACUUAGCUGGGAGGCCGUCGUCAACGGUCGGGGAGUUGGGUGCGGCUAUGAGAACGGCCGCUGGCUGCUGCACAUCACGAUCCCGCCGGAGUACCCGCUCCAACCCCCCCAGAUCCGGUUCGCGACGCCCGUCGUGCACGCCAACGUGAGCCUGCAGACGGGCGAGAUCUGCCUGGACCUGCUCAAGGACGCGUGGACGCCGGCCUACACGGUGCUCGAGUGCGUGCGCGCCGUGCGCCUGCUGCUGAGCGCGCCCGGCGUCGACUCGCCGCUGAACAUCGAUGUGGCGGCGUUGUUGCGUGAUGGGGAUGUCAUGGGGGCGCGCAGGCUGGUGGAGUUGUGGGUGGAAGAGGAGAGGUUUGAGGGGGAGUAGGGGUGAG